UCUUCUCCUUUCAGUGUUUAAGCAUGUGUGUGUGUUUUUUUCCUCUGCAGCAAUCCACGAGUUCCCCAGAGAUUACUUCACCCCCCAGGAGCGUGCUGAUGGAGCAGUGGGCCUCCACGUGCUCUGUGCGGUCUACAUGUUCUAUGCCCUGGCCUUGGUGUGCGACGACUAUUUCGUUCCCUGUCUGGAGAAGAUUUGUGAGCGUCUUCAACUGAGUGAGGAUGUCGCAGGAGCAACCUUCAUGGCAGCGGGCAGUUCAGCUCCUGAACUGUUCACCUCUGUCAUUGGAGUUUUCAUCACAAAAGGUGACGUCGGGGUCGGCACCAUCGUGGGCUCGGCUGUCUUCAACAUCCUCUGCAUCAUCGGAGUGUGUGGGAUAUUCGCCGUACAGAUGAUACAUCUGACCCGCUGGCCUCUGAUCAGAGACUCUACAUACUACACACUGUCCAUCUCUGCUCUUCUAGUGUUCAUAUAUGACGAAAAAGUGGUUUGGUGGGAAGCUCUCACUUUGAUUCUGAUGUACUUCGUCUACAUUUUGAUCAUGAAGAUGAACUCCCACGUUGUUCGUUUUCUGGAGAGGCGGAAGAAGAACUCGACCAGUUUGAGGAACGGAACGGCCAAUAACGGCGAGCUAGACGAUGGCUGUGACGCUACCGCCAUCCUGCUGAAGAAAGGUACACUUUGUUUUUCACAAAGAAUAGUUCCAUUACGACUCCAUCUGUUUUUGCAUUAACGUUGGUUUACCACUUAAAGAAACACAGCGCAUGUUAAUGACUGAGCAGGGUUGGAGCUAGGCUAGCUGUUUCUCUCUGCUUCUAGUCUGUUAUGCAAAGCUAACCUCCCUGCUCCAUCUGCAUAUUGGUACUUGGAUGUGUUCUCUUGUGGUCAUCAGUGCAUACAUG